AUGGUCCACGACAUGCUUCCACCUUGCCCGCGCAGCUUCGUAGUGCUGCACCUGGCGAGCGAGCGCGGCGCCGCACUCAACGGCCGCCGCUGCGUGGUCACGGCGCGCAGCGGCCGCCGCCUCGCCGUGCGCAUGCUCGACGAUGGCUCCACGUUUAGCCUGCAGCAAUUCAACCUGAUGCCCGAGGGCGAGGCGACCGCUUACACGCCAUCGAAUGGGCCUGGGGUGCACGAGGCUGACCUGAAGCGUUUCCUGGCUGCCGCCGCCGCUUCGCAUGACAGCGACCACGCGGAUCCCACCACCAGCGAGCGCGCCGACAUCCGCGCGCGCAUGCGCUACGUGCGCGAGCACCUCGCGCGCCGCCGCGUGCCGCCGCCGCCGCGCUGCGGGGACAUGCUGCUGGCGCGGGGUGAGGUCGAGGGGCACGACAUGCUGUCGGUUCUCGCCGCGGCACGGCCCUGCUGCCAGGGUGACGGCACGGUGGACUUCAGGCGCUUCAACGCCGGGCUCGUGGGCAGCGGCGGCGACUGCGCCGUUUGCAUGGAGGCCCUGCCCACCUCGGAGCGCGCCAUCGGCUUCCCCUGUGGCCACUCGUUCCACGCGGACCCGCUGCUGGCGAUCCCUGAUGGGAAGGGCGGCACCAUGCUGGUUCCGCGCUCGCAGCUGCCCGACCGCUAG